UCUAUUAUUUUGGAGGUUGACCCUUCAUAAAUUCUUCCUUAAAGGCAUGUGAUUCAUACGUACCAUAUAAGCAUGAGGAUCAUGUCUUUUAUGUCAAAAAAUUUCACUUUCACAUCUGGUAUUUUCUAUUAAUUUUGGGCAGGACUCACAAAUGAAGUCAGGAUCCAGGCAAGAUUCUUUUGAAGCUGAAGCAUCUCAGAAUGGUGGAACUAUGCAUGGUUCUCAGAAUGGAGGACCAAAUACACCUCCAAUGAUGGUGAACCAAACAAUGCCCAUCAUGCCAAUGGCAGCAGCAGGUGCUCCAUGUGUACCUGGUCCCACCACAAACUUAAAUAUUGGUAUGGACUACUGGGGUGCUGCAACUUCUUCCACUCUUCCUGCACUGCAUGGGAAGGCACCUCCUACUCCAGUUGCAGGAGGAAUGGUCACUGCUGGAUCACGGGACAGUGUUCAGUCACAGCUUUGGCUACAGGUUAAAGAGAGUAGGGAUUUGGGUCUCCCCCCAACAUCUCCUUUCUUUUCCACCCAUCCACUCUGGAUCACAAGAUGGCUUGCUUUUGAAGAAGAUAUCUUCCACUUUUCGUUUAACCACUAUAUGGUUGCAUGCAUAGUAGUAUAA